GGGGUAGGCUCCGGACUCCCCACGACCCAGUAGAAAAAGCGGUUUGGAAAAUGGAUGGAUGGAUGGAUUAAAUUACAUAAAAUUGGACUGUCGUUACGUCAUGGCUGCUUCAUUACUGAUCUGUAUUCUUCGCAAAGAGGUACACACCACUGGGUACCCCGUAGUCAGCGAUUGUUUGGGGGCCAGAUAGUAGGCCAGGCGCUUGUCGCCGCUGCUAAGUCCGUCAGUGAAGAUGUCUUCGCUCACUCUCUACACUGCUACUUUGUCCGAGCAGGAGACCCAAAAGUUCCAGUUUUGUAUCAGGUCGAUAGGACAAGGGAUGGGAAGAGUUUUUCAGUUCGCUCUGUGAAGGCCAUUCAGCAUGGUCAGCCUAUUCUGAUAUGCCAAGCCUCUUUCCACACGCAGCAGCCCAGCCCUCUGCAACAUCAAUUCACUAUGCCUAAUGUGCCCCCUCCUGAAGAACUACUGACAAUUGAAGAACUGAUCCACCGAUAUCUGAGUAAUCCGGAUUUGGCUGAGAAUGCCAAGCUGGGACUUAACAAAAUUUUGGCUGAUGAGGUUCCCAUUGAGAUUAAGCCAGUCAACCCACCUGAUUUCUACAAACGUGUCGCCGUGGAGCCAAAAAAACUAUUCUGGGUUCGAGCCAAAGGAUAUAUCGGCGAAGGAAACAUGAAACUACACUGUUGUGUUGCUGCCUACGUAUCUGACUACGCUUUCCUUGGGACGGCAUUGCUGCCUUACCCAGGCUAUCGGGUUCAGUUCUUGGCCUCCCUUGAUCACGCCAUGUGGUUCCACAAUCCCUUUCGUGCAGAUCACUGGAUGUUAUAUGAAUGCGAGAGUCCCUGGGCAGGGGGCAGCAGAGGGUUCGUUCAUGGCCGACUCUGGAGGCGCGAUGGAGUGCUGGCAGCCUCUUGUACCCAGGAAGGAGUGCUGAGGGUCAGAGCUGUGGCACAGAGUAAUCUGUAAAUGUAAUUGUGGUGGACUUUCUCAAACCUGCAGAGCCACAGCGAUAGAGAAUAUGAUUUUGAAGUUGCUGAGACCAGAAAGUCUUUCUUUUUAGGCCAGAAGCAAACCACAGACUUCUGUUUUUCACAUUCAAGUAAGCCAAAUCCUGUGGAAGAAAGUUUAGAAUCAUUUUCAAAUACUUUUUGAAGCCCAGUUAAUAGAGGUAAAACAUCUGUCUGUACCAGAUUAAGCCCCAGAGGUAAUCACGUCCCACCCCUGAAUUAUAAAACUGACAGUUUCAUUAAACAAACUUAUUGAGUUCACUUUGAUCUGUAACCCUUUCAAAUACUCAAAUACCCAGCAAUGCAAUUUUAUAUUUCAUAACCUGAAUAUAAAAAAUAAACUACCAUUGUUUUCUAACCAGUACAUUUACAGAUAAACAUUAAAUGACUAUUUACUGAAUAAGACAAUCAUAGGUGUUACCUGGAUGUCAUCUUUGGGCGGGCAUUUGGAUUAUGUGGGUGGCCAACAGCAAAAAUAUUGCUUUUUCUAAAUAUGGUAUGUAAACAAGAGUUUUGUUUAGUUUUGAGAAGGGGGGGGGAGACAAAAGGAAUACAAUUACAGAAUGCAAUUUUCAUAGGGGGUGGCGUGGCCAUUAACCUGUGAAAAAGAAAAAAGUAAUUAAACUCUGUCUAGGACGGAACAACAUCCAGGCCCAAUAUGAUUAGCAGAUACAAUGAAACCUUUUUAAAAUUUGUUUUUCUAUAUUGUUUAGGGCUGGGAAUCAAUAAAAAACAACUAUGUAAACUUCUCUAGCUAAAUUUCAAGAAACUUGGGUCAGAAAGAAUGAAAUAUUUCUCAAAUCAUCUAAAAAACUUCUCACUGAGCAAAUGUUUUGUUCAACACAAUUAAAUCUUUAGUUGAUGCUUGUAUGACUCAUGGCCCUGAAACAUUUGUUGAAUUGUGCAAGAGAAAUAGAAAGCAUUAGGGGCUCUGCUAUUCAUGUCUCUCAUUGUAACUCACAUAUAGAUACUUCUUUAUAGAACUUCGCUAUGAACCCGUCACAUUUUCUUGCCUGAAAGUUACAAUCUUUCGCAUGAAACCUACUACAUCUCCCCUUGAUGUAAUCUUUUUCAAGAAACGUUUGAUAUUUUGCAGGAUAGUGUUUCAUCUAUUUUAAUUCCUCACUGUUUACUAGCAUAGUUCCCUCCUGUUUUAAAAAUUCCAUUGUUCUGAAACCUCUUCUGAUAAAAUGAAAACUUGAUCAGAUUUAAAGUAGCACUUUUUCCCGAUGGGGAUCAAUAAAGUAUCAAUGAUUAUAUAUAAACAUUGUGUUGGUCUUCAAGGUGCAGCACUAAAUUUCUUUAUCUCUUACCUCAAAGAACAAACUUUUUUAGUUAAUAUUAGUGAGUUCUUUUCCUCUGUGGACCAUGAAAUAUGUGUUACCCCAGGGGUCUAUGGUGGAGCCUUUUAUCUAUAUAUUUGCUUCCAUUGAGAGAUAGCAUUCAGAAGCAUAACCUGGAUUUUCGUUUUUAUGCUGAUAUAUACAGAUAUUUCUGUCCUUGUAACUGAAUUAUCCAGAGUCCUUGCAGAGGCCUCAUGAUUGCUUGGGUGAAAUCAAAGGUUGGAUGUUUCAAAAGUUUUUACAAUUAAAUGACAGUAUAUCUGAAGUCAUUUGGCCCCCCAAUACUGACUAAAAGCAUUGUGGGAAAUCUGGGUGUUGGGCCUUAUCUGUGUUAAACCUUUUGCCAAAAAUCUUGGUGUCAUUUCUGACUCUGAUUUCAAGUUUGCUAAGCAAAUAACUGCUGUUGCUAAGAAUAGUUUUUUUCCAGCUCAGGACAAUUUCAACAAUAGCCAUACCAUUCUUAUGACAGGGAAAAACUUACACAUGCUUGCAUUUAAACUCAUUUAAAAUACUGUAAUUCUCUGUACAAUGGAGUCAGUCAGUCAUGCUUAGCCUGGCUGCGGUUAGUCCAAAAUGCUGCUGUGCAGUUUUUAAAUGAUGCGAAGAAGAGGGAAAACAUAGCUCCAGUCCUGGCUUCCUUCCAUUGACUACCAGUUCAGUACAAGACAGUUUAUCAUUGCCCAUUUUAUGUACAUAUACUGCAUCAAGAUUACCAAGGUCCUCUCACCAGCUACUUUUGUCCACUCCAAGGUCCCGGCUGAAAACAGUGGGUGACCUGCAUUUGCAGUAGUAGCACCAAAGCUUUGGAGUAGCUUACCACUGCAUAUUAGACGCUCUUUUUCAGUUUUAGUUCUUUAAAUCUGCACUUAAAACUCACCUGUAUUCAGCAUUGGAUGAGACUUCAUUGUACUACAGAGCAGACUGUGUAUCUGUGUUUUAUGUCGCUCUUGUGCCUUGAUACCAUGCUGUGAUUUUCUGAUCUAUGCGGAGCACUUUGGUCAGCAAGGGCUGUUGUGAAAUUGCUAUAUAAAUGAAGUUGACUAAUUAAUCGAAUCAUUCAUCAUUAUCUGUGAUUAAUCUUGAUUAAUUGCACCUAAUAUUAAAACUUAUAAUCAUAAAUAUUUAUAUGGUGAAUCCCCAAAUUAAUGUAGAAUUAACACAAGUCGGGGAGCACUUUGGAGACAGAUUCAAAUUAUGCAACUUCAUUGUUUGAAUUGUCUAUUUUACCACUGUGAUUGUUAAUCAAUUUGUUAUGUCACCAUUUAUUUCUGUAUUAAAAGUAUUUAAUCAAAUCCAGGGCAAGAGUUACUGAAAAAAUUACAAAACCAAUAAAAAAACUGAACAAAAA